AUGGUCUUCCCACCGCCCCCCACCAGCUCAAUUGACUGGUCCAACAUCGGCUUCAAAGUGCGCGAAGUCAACGGCCACAUCGAAUCCCACUACAGCGUCCACACCGGCACCUGGACCACCCCCACCUUCGUCUCCUCCCCUUUCCUCUCCCUCCACGGCCUCGCCCCCGCGCUCAACUACGGCCAACAAUGCUACGAAGGCCUCAAAGCCUUCCGCUCCCCCGACGACAAAUCCAUCAACAUCUUCCGCCCCUCGCUCAAUGCCCGCCGCAUGCAGCACAGCGCCUCCUUCAUCGCCAUGCCCGCACCCCCCGAACCCCUCUUCCUCGCCGCCGUCAACAUGGCUGUCGCCCUCAACGCCGAGUUCGUCCCCCCGCACGCCACAGGUGCAAGCAUGUACAUCCGGCCGCUCCUCUUCGGCAGCUGCGCGCAGCUCGGCCUCAACCCGCCCGACGAGUACACCUUCGUGGUGUACGUGCUCCCCGUCGGCGUCUACCACGGCGUGCACCCCGUCGACUGCCUCAUCCUCGAGACUGAGGCGGCGCGCAAGGAGGGGUAUGGGAUUACGCUGCAUCUGGACUCGCAGACGAGGACCACGAUCGAUGAGUUUAGCACGAGUGGGUUUUUGGGGAUCAAGAAGGAGGGCGAGAAGACGACGCUUGUGGUGCCGGAUAGCAACAGCGUCAUCAAUUCGGUCACCAGCAGGAGUAUCCAGGAGAUUGCGGCGUCGUGGGGGUGGAGUGUCGAAGUCCGCCCUGUCCCACUCACCGAGCUCUCCACCUUCACAGAAGUGAUGGCGGCCGGCACGGCCGCAGCGCUCGUGCCCAUCAAGAGUAUCACCAUGAAGAGCACCAACAUGAAGAUCGAUUACUGCGGCGACGAGCCCGGCGAGGGCGUGCUAGCGCUGCUGAAGACACUGAAGGGCGUGCAGACGGGUAAUCUCCCUGAUACGUUUGGGUGGCUUGAGAAGGUGGUGGAGCCGCCGACGACGGGCGUGGAGGGGCAUAAAGGCGGGAGUGGGGAGGAGAGUAUCAGUCAGGCGCCGUGA